AUGGCUAGAAGAAGAACUAAGAAGAGAACUCACGUUCAACCAACGGCAGAUGCUUUGAAAGGUAUUCCAAAGUCUAUGGUUAUUAGAGUUGGUCAAACUUCUUUAGCUAAUCAUGCAUUGAAUCAACUGGUAAAAGACUUCCGUCAAAUCAUGCAACCUCAUACUGCUAUUCGUUUAAAAGAACGUAAAUCUAAUAAAUUGAAAGAUUUCGUUGUAAUGUGUGGUCCAUUAGAUGUAUCUCAUUUAUUCAUCUUUACACAAUCAGAAAAGACAGGUAAUGUAUCAUUAAAAGUUGCAAGGACACCAAAUGGUCCUACUAUUACUUUUCAAGUACAGGAUUAUUCAUUAUCAAAGGAUAUUAAAAAAUAUUUAAAAAAACCAAAAUCAUUAAAUAGUGAGGAUGUCUUAUCACCUCCUUUACUAGUUAUGAAUGGAUUUAACAAUAAAUUAACACAAAAUGACGAUGCAGAUGAAAAGGAUGAAAAGAAAAAAGUAGAAAAAAUCGUUGUAUCAAUGUUUCAAAAUAUCUUCCCACCACUAAAUCCAAGUCAAACUCAUUUAAAUUCAAUUAAGAGAGUCUUUAUGAUUAAUAAAGAUGCAAAGACAGGUGAAAUAUCUCUACGUCAUUAUUUUAUAGAAAUUAAAGAUGUUGAAAUCUCAAAAAGUUUGAAAUCUCUGUUUAAAGCUAAAAGUAACCCAAAUAAGAAGUUACCUGUUUUAACAGGGAAACAAGAUAUUUCAUCAUUAAUUUUAGAUCAUGAUAUUGAUCCAUAUACUUCUGAAUCUGAGGUUGAUGAACAAGAUCCAGAUAGUAUUAUAAGUGUUAUGGAAAAAAAUAAAGGUAACUUAGAAAGUAAAAUCUCUAUAAAACAAAAAAUCGAUAGAGAGAAACAAAAAGAAGAACAAAAACGUCAAAAGGAAUUGGAUAUUGCCACUGGUUUGUCAACUAACAAUGAGGGCCAUGCUAAGGUAGAAGAUGAAGGAGAAUCUACAAAUGGAACAGAUGGUAAUAUUAACCUCGAUGAGAAUCUUGGUAAUCCGAAGAAGAAGGCUAUUAGAUUAACAGAAGUAGGACCAAGACUAACUUUGAAAUUGGUUAAAUUAGAAGAAGGUAUAUGUUCAGGUAAAGUUCUUUAUCACGAAUAUGUUCAUAAGACAGAUGCUGAAAUUAAGAAGUUAGAAAAGAGACAUCUAGCUAAGAUGAGAUUAAAGGAAGAAAGAAGGAAGGAACAAGAAGCCAACAUUGCAAGAAAGAAAGCUGUUAAGGAUGCUAAGAAAGAAAGAAAGAUGGAGAGAAGAGCUGCUAGGAAAGCAUUGGAAAAAGAUGCCGAAGGUGAUGAAAAGAUGGAUGGUGACAAGAGCGCUGAAUCAGAUGAUGAUAGUGACAGUAAUAGUGAUUCUGAACAUAACUAUAGUGAUGUACCUGAGGAUAUUGAUAGUGACUUAUUCAGUGAUCUUGAAGAAGCUACUCAGUAG